CCAACAUAUUUGCAGUCGAAUCGAAACUUUUGACGAAGAUGCGUUACUCUCUCACUGUGGCUGUGGCUCUGGCUGUUCUGACCAUUGGUAGUGCAGCUGCUCCUCAAUCACAAAAUGCGAUCAUCGCGCAAUUCUUCAGGUAUGCCGAGGCGAUUCGCGAGGUUCAAUUGGACAACAUGCUGGACAUAACGCUAGAAUUUGUGGAUCAAGUUGUAUUGAGCGUUCCGCCCAACAAUCGUGGACCUGGAACUGCCACUCUUCAGUCGUAUCUGGAGCGUGGCAGGGUCGUCCGUCAGACGGGCUCUCUAGAGCAGAAGUUCGAGCACGUCUAUGGCCUACAAGCUGUGUUCGAGGGACUCAAGGGCCAACUUGAUUCAGAAUCGCCCGAGUCUCAAGUAAUUGCAAUAAACCUUUUGGGCCUGCUUGGCGUUGCCAGUGAUUUUGCCAUUGAGGAUGGAAAGUUCUACAAUAACUUUGUCGAAGGUUCCACCCUAAUGAAGGCCAAGCUGAACCCAUCCACUGUGGAGCGCGAACAAGAUCUGUUUAGUAGCAUCGCAGAGUACACAGACUCCGACUUUACGCAGCAUGAGCCCUUGCUGCAAAGUGUCCUUAGCUUCAAGAAUAGAUACUAGACUUUGACGGCUUGGAACCUAAAUAAUAAAUAAAAAACAUGUUAAUAAUAA